CGGCCGCACCAGCCGGCGAGGGCGACGAAGAGGAAGGAGAAGACGAAACAUUGCAGCAGCAGCAGCAGCAUUACAAACAGCAGCAGCAGCAGCAGGAUAACAAACACCAGCAGCAGCAGCAGGAUAACAAACAGCAGCAGCAGCAGCAGGAUAACAAACAGCGGCAGCAGCAGGGUAACAAGCAGCAGCAGCAGCAGCAGCAGGAUAACAAACAGCAGCAGCAGCACCAGGAUAACAAACAGCAGCAGCAGCAGCAGGAUAACAAACAGCAGCAGCAGCAGCAGGAUUACAAACAGCAGCAGCAGGAUAACAAACAGCAGCAGCAGCAGCAGGAUAACAAACAGCACAGCAGCAGCAACAGCAGGAUAACAAACAGCAGCAGCAGCAGCAGCAGGAUAACAAACAGCAGCAGCAGCAGCAGCAGGAUAACAAACAGCAGCAGUAGCAGCAGGAUUACAAACAGCAGCAGCAGCAGCAGGAUAACAAACAGCAGCAGCAGCAGCAGGAUAACAAACAGCAGCAGCAGCAGGACAACAAACAGCAGCAGCAGCAACAGGAUAACAAACAGCAGCAGCAGCAGCAGGAUAACAAACAGCAGCAGCAGCAGGAUAACAAACAGCAGCAGCAGCAGCAGCAGGAUAACAAACGGCAGCAGCAGCAGCAGCAGGAUAACAAACAGCACAGCAGCAGCAGCAGCACGAUAA